UCACCCAUUUCAUUUUCACCCACACCAUCUGCCCCCAGCACCCUCAUCAAACCCAAACCCAGGCAGAGAGACAGGGAGGGAGGCCACUCUCUCCCAUCCGCUCAGUCCCUUCACCUGGUCCUAAACUCACUCAACAGAGAGCAAGAUGAGGAGAACAGCAGAGUGCAUCUUUCUUUGCCGCUCUCCUCUUCACUUCCGGCUUCUCUGUCUGACGAGUCCGUGAUGACUCCUGACGCGGAGAAUGCCGUGAUCAGUCCCAUCCUGCCUUUCCUGUUCCUGGGGAAUGAACGAGACGCCCAGGACCUGGACCUGCUGCUGCGCCUCAACAUUGGCUACGUGGUCAACGUGACCACACACCUGCCCCUCUACCACCUCAACUCUGGACUGGUGCGCUACAAAAGGCUGCCGGCCACCGACAACAGCAAACAAAACCUACGCCAGUACUUUGAGGAGGUUUUUGAGUUCAUCGAAGAGGCACAUCAGAGUGGACAAGGCGUGUUGGUACACUGCCAGGCAGGCGUGUCCCGUUCUGCAACCAUUGUAAUUGCCUACCUUAUGAAGCACACCCUCAUGACUAUGACAGACGUCUACAAAUACGUGCGGAGCCGCCGUCCCGUGGUGUCUCCCAAUCUCAACUUCAUGGGCCAGCUUUUGGAGUUUGAGAGGGACCUCAACUCUGGGGUCACACCUCGCAUCCUGAUACCUAAACUCAGCGGCCUGGAGACGCAGGUGUAAGGGACGGAGGUAAGGAGCGUAAGGAACAGAAGAGAGGUUAAGGUUACGGCUCUGCAAGGAGGAAGAAACGGACGUUAAAGCCGGAUAAACAAGAGUAAAAUAACCCAGAAGGGGUGCCACGCACAUAAGAUUGGAAAAUAUGAUAAAUGCUGCACUGUCAUUUGGAAAAUGGUGGUGCAUUUGGCAUAUAGUGCACUUUUAUUACUGUGAAACAUGGAACAAAUAACCGGAUGGUUCAGUUGUUUAGGUAGUCUACACAUUGUAACUCUUAGACAACUUGAUCAUCAUCCAAUAUACUGUUUAUAAAAUAUGUGCCAAUAUUUUGUAUAGGCCUAAUGUCACUCUCAGAUAUCUCUCUUCUUUUGACUUUCUGAUGCCUCUUCCUUUCCAUUCCCAUAGUUUACAUUCACAGCCACUAUAGAAAACCGCUGACACUGUUGCCAUUAAAUACAAAUGCAUGCAGAGCAGAGAACAGACACAAAUACGGAAAGAGUUCACUGUCGGUAUCCUACUUCAUCUGUAGCACUACUCGGACGUUUCCACCACAUGUAGCACCAGACAGGAUGUCGCAAUGCACUUUACUGCCCAUGUAUUUUUUUGUUUGUUUGUUUGUUUGUUUAUUUGUUGUUUUGCCAACUCAGUUGUGGUGACGGAGUUCGUUUGUUUAAUCAUCAAUGGCUGAAAUGUCACAAGACUAAGGAGAAUUUGCCACAAAGACCUCAGUAAUUGUUUUUAACUAAUUUUAUUCUACUGUUUUGUUUGUUUGUUUGUUUGUUUUGUUUUGUUUUGUUUUGUUUUUGUUUGUUUUUCAUCAUUUGGGAAAUGUGCAAUAGAGUAGCACGGACCUAGCAGCAAUGUGAGCAGCAUUUAUCUGGGAAAAUUAAUAAUGAAAGAAAAAAAAACAACUCGUGGUAACGCUUUACAAUGAUCUAAGUCCAGUGUAGCAACAUGAGUAUUAGCACAUUGAAAAUUAUUAUAUAGUAUUAUUUAAAUGCAGUGUUGUAUAUAAAAUAGUAGUGAACAGUAUACAACAUAAUGAAACUGCGGAUGUCAGCACUAAAGGUGUUAUUAUAUGCUUGAAGUAUGUUUUUAUCCUUUAAUAUCCAGGUUGAUACACUGGAAUAAGACUAUUGUAAAGUGUUAACCAACUCUUUCACUAAAUCAUAAGAAACUACAGCUGAGCAGCACUUCCAGUACCUCAUCUUGGCUGUUAUUUUACACAUGACAUGGUUUCAGAGUGAGAGACAGUGUUAGUCGGCAGGCGUUUUCCUGCUGUUAUAAUGUGCUUUAAACAACAGACCUUCUCCAACUGUGCCCUGUUUAUUUUUGUGGUGAAUUCAUACAAAAAAAAAUGUAUUUAUUUUUAUUUACAUUUUUGUAAUGUCGAGAUUACGUUGUGUGUUUGCUUUCAUUUUAAAUAUAGAUGUGGUGACACAGUAGCUGUGCUUGCCGUGGGCAGAUUAUAAUCUAGUGUUAUAAUCAAAUGGUAGAA